GGUUAGGGUUUGAUUAUGUCGCGGCACGCUCACCACCACUACCAUUCAACCUCGUGGCCUCUUCACCACCAACCUUUCUACCUCACUGACGAACUACGAACCAAACACUCCCUUUCCAUUCACGAACUGCGGUAACGACCUGUAAACCAUUGACGGCGGUUUUAUAUCAUCGUACGGCUAUCAAGAAUUCAAAAUAACCGGGCUCAUAGUUCGGAGAAAUUUACCGGCUACAACGAACCAUUAAAAAUGGCGUUGGAUCUAAGAAUUGGCAACAAAUACAGAAUUGGUCGUAAAAUUGGUAGUGGAUCAUUUGGCGACAUUUAUUUGGGCACGAAUGUCGUUUCUGGAGAAGAAAUUGCGAUAAAGCUAGAGUCGACGCGUGCAAAACACCCGCAGUUGGAAUAUGAGUACCGUGUGUAUAGAAUUCUCUCUGGAGGUGUGGGAAUACCUUUUGUUCGUUGGUUUGGAACAGAAUGUGACUACAAUGCGAUGGUAAUGGAUUUACUGGGUCCGUCUUUGGAGGAUUUGUUUAAUUUUUGCAAUCGUCGCUUUUCAUUAAAAACGGUACUUCUUUUGGCGGAUCAACUGAUAUCUCGCAUUGAGUACAUACAUUCCAAGUCGUUUCUGCACCGUGACAUCAAGCCCGACAACUUUUUGAUGGGCAUUGGAAAACGUGGUAAUCAAGUGAAUGUGAUUGACUUUGGUCUUGCGAAGAAAUACCGUGACCACAAAACUUUACUGCACAUUCCUUACCGUGAAAACAAAAAUCUGACCGGUACGGCACGGUAUGCCAGUAUUAACACACAUUUGGGUAUUGAACAAUCACGUCGUGAUGACUUGGAGUCUUUAGGCUACGUACUCAUCUACUUUUGCCGUGGUAGCCUGCCCUGGCAGGGAAUGAAAGCCGCUACGAAAAAGGAAAAAUAUGAAAAAAUUAUGGAAAAGAAAAUCUCUACUCCCACUGAGGUGUUGUGUCGUGGCUUUCCUCAAGAGUUUUCAAUUUACCUGAACUACACACGCUCCCUCCGCUUUGAUGAUAAGCCCGAUUAUUCUUAUUUGCGCAAACUUUUCCGUGAUUUAUUUUUCCGCCAGAAUUACGAGUACGAUUAUAUGUUUGACUGGACCCUAAAGAGGAAGAACCAGCAGAUAGAAGCUGCUGUAAAUGAGUCCUCAUCCAACAACCAAUCUCGUGCUGCCGAACCGCGUCGCCCUUCCUUCAACCCUCACAACAACCCUCAGAAUAAUAUGUACUACAAGGACGCCGGCCGCAAAACCACGUUGCAGUAGAUGCAACUUAAACGACUUCUUAAGAAUUUAGUGUCUGUGUGUCGUCGAUGUGAUUUUUAUUCGUCUGGUCUAAGCAUCUCUUGUCUUUUAAUGCACAGUUGAGGUGCUGAUCGGACGGCUACUCUGUUCUCUUUCGUCGAGCCAGGCUAUUCGCUUUCGCUCAUCAAUGACUAACCGGUUUAAUGUUUAUUCGCGCGCACAUUCACUCUGUGUUUGGUAUGAUACAUGCAAUGAACCACAACUUUGAAGACAUAAGAGCGUCAUAACAUUCGUUGGACCUUCAAUAAAAGCUUAAUCUGCCGCUUAUUUGCGAAUCAAUUAAACAAAUGGCGAUGAAGAGACGUGACACAGUUGGCUCGUUGGAGGGCGGACAUAGAGAGAGAAGGGGAUUCUUACGAAGGCUACCUGCUUCCAGUCGCAAGCUGCAACAGCAACUCUUCGUUGUGUUCGUUGGGGUCAGGUAUCGUAAAUGAAAAGAACGAUAAGUUCCGGAGAUGGAUGGCUGAAAUACUAGUUUUUUUUUAUGUUUGGUAAAUUUCCUUUUUAGGUUAAUUCGUUGAUGACUAAUUCAUAAUGUUUGUAAUCGCUUUCAAAUGGCCUACUUUUUAUUUUCAAAAUACGUUUGUGUUCUGCUG